AUGUCUAAAGUCGGUUAUAUUAAGGAAGAAUUAUCGAAAUUACACACCGGUUAUGGUUUAAUGAGUUUAACUUGGAAACCAGUUCCAGUCUCAAAAGAAAUAUCUUUUGAAUCCAUGAGACAAGUUAUUGCCUUGGCUGAAUCCAAUAAAACAAAGGCUUUCUUCAAUGUCGGUGAAUUUUACGGUCCAGAUUUUAUUAAUUUAAACUACGUGCGGGAUUUCUUCGCCAAAUACCCUGAUUUAAGAAAAGAAGUUAUCAUCUCUUGUAAAGGUGGUAUUAACAACCAAACUUUUAUGAGUGAAGGUAAAUAUGACGACGUUAUAACUAGUGUUGAAAAUUGUAUAAGAGAAAUUGGCGGUUACAUAGAUUUAUUUGAAGUUGCUAGAUUAGACGAAUCCUUAAUUAAGGCUGGUGAAGAAUAUCCACGUGAAUCUUUCGAAGCAUUAGCAAAAUUAGUUGACGGAGGUUUGAUUGGUGGUAUCUCUCUAUCAGAAGUUACUAGUCCUCAAAUCAGAGCCAUUGCUAAGGAUUUCGGUAAAUACUUAACCUGUGUCGAAGUCGAAUUAUCUCUAUUCAGUCUCAAUAUUUUCGAAAAUGACGUUGCUAAAGCAUGUAGUGACUUAAAUUUGAUCAUUAUCUGUUACUCUCCAUUAGGUAGAGGUUUAUUAACUGGUCAAGUCACUUCAAAUGCAGAUAUUCCAGAAGGUGAUAUUAGAAAGAAAAUGAAGAGAUUCCAUGGUGAUUCUUUACAACAAAACUUAUUGCUUGUUAAGUUUUUACGAACUGAAAUUGUUGAUAAACGUGAUGCCGCCCACCAAGUCACUUUACCACAAGUUGCUUUGGGUUGGAUCAAGCAUUGGAAUGGUCAAAAGAAGUAUGCUGGUGCCAAAUUUAUCCCAAUUCCAAGUGGUUCUACAAUUGAUAGAGUGAAUGAAAACUUCGAUGAACAAAAGUGUACUAUCACAGAUGAAGAAUUCCAAAAAAUUAACAAAUUCUUAGAACAAUUCGAAACUCAAGGUGAUAGAUACGAACAUGCUUAA